AUAUUUUCAUAUACUGCCCAGAUGUCCGAUUACUUUUGUGCUAAACGUUGAAUUGUGAAAAUGUGACACACUUGAUCGAAUUAAUACAUAUUGUUUAAGUGAAUUGUUUUGUGUUGUCUUCUAACAAAAUCCAUGCAAAAAUGAGUACUGCAUCUGAAAUUGUAUAUAAUUAUGAGGAUAGAUUGAGGAAUAGAAAUCAUGGAUUGCCCGAAAAAGUGUUUGUUAAUAGAGAAUCCCUUAUCACAGUUUUAUUCGAAAAUCCUCAUGUUAAAACGAUUCAUCAUAUUGCAAUAGUUCUUUUCUUAGGACUUGGUUCCUUAACUUUUAUCAAGGGCUAUUUAGAAAAUAAUGAAUUAACAUCAGGAUUUCGUUUGAUAAGAGGGGGUUUCAAAAAUUUUCACAUAUCUAUAAUCACAUGGUUGUUUUUAUAUUUUUUAGUGUGUUGUUCGUAUUAUCUUUUUAUGACUUGGGCAAGACUGCGACAUCGUUUUCCUCCAAGAUCAUUCAUUAGAUGGCAUGUGGAUGUUACAUUUCUUACGAUCCUUAUAUUAUAUUAUUUAUUGUCCUAUUAUUUAAUUGGCUACGUUGUAACGGCUUUCAAUUUACCAACUGGCUCAGCUGGUUUCAUUUUAGUUGAUCAGACAAGACUGUUGAUGAAAGUACAUGCCUUCGUCAGAAGUAAUGCACCAAAAGUAUUGCGAUUCAAAGAAAAAUCGGAUGAUCGUUUAAUUUUGCCAAACUUUAAACAUUUCGUAUUUUUCACGUGGAUACCAACAUUGGUUUAUAAGGACGAAUAUCCUAGGACUAGCGAAAUCAAAUGGCGCAGAGUGGCUGGUUACGCCUCGGAAAUUAUUGCUGUGGUGUUCUUCUACUCCUUCGUCCUUGAGAGAUUCAUGAUCCCUCUAUUCAAGGAUUUCGGGAUCAGGAGAUUUUCUCGUUCGGAACUUCUCCUGGCCUUCCUGGAGUCUAUUCUUCCAGGUAUUAUGUACUUGGUUGUAACGUUUUACCUCAUCCUUCAUCUGGUGCAGAAUCUCUUCGCCGAAUUGUUGUAUUUCGGUGACAGAAUGUUUUACAAGGACUGGUGGACGUCCACAGAUUUUCCAACUUAUUACAGAAAAUGGAAUGUUGUCGUCCACGAUUGGCUGUACGCCUAUGUUUAUAAAGACUGUUACGAAAUCUUGUGCCCUGGAAGUAAAAUCGUAGCGAAAUAUGUCACAUUUUUCUUGUCAUCAAUAGUUCACGAAUGGAUUAUUUCCAAUAUGUUAGGAUAUUUUCUACCAAUAAUGUUUAUACAGUUCUUCGGCGUGGGGACAAUAUUAACUUAUGUAAGAUUCCCACGAAAUGCUCUCUUCAAUAUGAUGUUAUGGUUCAAUUUAGCGCUAGGCAGUGGAAUGAUGAUGACAGCCUAUGCUUUGGAAUUUUACGCCAGAAUGAAUGAAGUACCUUCUUCAACUGGAAGUUGGGAUUUUUAUGUACCUAGAUUUUUGACUUGUGAUGUUUGUUAUAUAGAUUAAUCAUAAGGAUUUAUUUUUAUACAUUAAAUAACUCGUCAACUUUU